AUGGCAGAUACAAUAGCAACAAACUUGUCGGGAAUUAAACACAUAAUUCUUGUACUUUCAGGCAAAGGAGGGGUAGGAAAAAGUUCUAUAGCAAUGCAGCUUGCAUUAUGUUUGGUACAGGGAGGAAAUAAAGUAGGUAUUCUGGAUAUUGAUCUAACCGGACCUAGUAUACCUCGUAUGCUAGGCCUUGAUGGUAAACAAGUUCACCAAGCUUCCUCAGGAUGGGUACCAGUUUUCGCAGAUGAAAAUCAAAAUCUUUGUUGUAUGUCAAUCGGAUUCUUAUUACAAAAUAAAGACGAUUCUGUUGUAUGGAGGGGACCUAAAAAAAAUGCAAUGAUUAAGCAGUUUUUGACAGAUGUUUGUUGGGGAGAGUUGAAUUAUCUCAUAAUUGAUACACCACCUGGUACGUCUGAUGAGCAUAUAUCUAUUGCUGAAUAUUUAAAAGAUGUUAAUCCGGACGGUGCAGUCAUUGUAACAACUCCACAGGCAGUUGCCUUGGCUGAUGUUCGUAAAGAAUUAAAUUUUUGUAACAAAGUAAAAUUACCGAUAUUAGGAGUUAUAGAAAAUAUGAGUGGAUUUGUAUGCCCUCACUGUGAGGAAUGUACAAAUUUAUUUUCAUCAGGUGGAGGAGAAGCAAUGGCACAAGAAUUUGGUGUAGAAUUUUUAGGUCGCGUUCCAAUUGACCCAUCAUUAACGCUUAUGGUUGAAAGAUUGGAUGAUACAACAUUGGAAAAUGGAUUGAUCAAAAAUUACAUUGAAUCUAAUCUAUAUAAGGCGUUUAAUAAAAUUUCGGAUAAGGUCAUAGCGAAGGUUACAUAA